AUGGAAAAUCAACGGAUAAUCAAAAGUGUGAAAUCUGCUACUUCCUUAAAUUCCAAAUAGUCUACCAAAAUUAUCCAAUGUAAUUCUAAAGUAACACAUCAAAUAGAACCAAAUGUGCUCAUUCAGCAACAUCCAACACAAAUAGGACAGCACUCUGCUUAAUAAAACAUACCUCCAAUUCCUCUCAAGUAAGUGAACAACAUAUUGCCAACAAGAGAAACUCCAAUUUUUAAGCAAACUCAAGAAGAACGAUACUCUAACACCAAAGAUGCCACAUGUUUAAUGGCUAAAUUAGAUUCACUUAGAGAAAUCAAGUCAGCAGAUAGUCCCAUACGAAGUCAUGUCUCCCCCAUCCCUUCUACAUUAUGGAGUGUUGUGGUUCCCACUAAAAAUAAUGCUACUAAACCCUAACUGUUAUAAUAAGUUGCUUCUUCUAGUUGUGUAGAACCAUUUAAAACAUAUAACAAUAAUAAGAAUGUUAAUCAAACUUAAUAGUUAAGCUAAACACUUCCACAAAAAAAAACUUAUGAAACUAUGAUCUAAUAACUCAUGAAUGAAUAAGAAUUUUUAGUUAAAUAAUAUAAUGAUAAAAUUAAAAUACUAGAAUAGAAAACUCAGGAGCUUUCAAAACAAAAUAAUAAUUUAGUUGAAUAAAAUCAAUUAUUUUUGGAUUAAAACCUAUAAUUAAAGAAUGAAGUAACUAUAUUUCAAUAAAAACAAUAUUAAAUCAAUUAUGAGUAUUUAAAUGAAGAUACAUUAAAAACUGUUUUACUUUUGGAACAACAAUUGGAGUAAAAGAAGGAAGAACUAAAAUAAUUGAUAUAAAAUAUGGAUGAAAUCCUCUCGAUUAACUAAAAAACAGAAGAAAAAAAUAAUGAACUUUCAUAAUAAAUAAGUAAUAUCCUGUAAUAGAAGGAUAGAGAAAUUAAUGCUUAUUUCACUCAGAUCAAUACAUAUAAGUAAACUAUCUAAGAGCUUGAAUUAAAAAUUGCAUAAUUAAUCUAAAGUGAUUAAAUACAACAAUAAAUAUUGAAGGAGGCUUAGACCAAAAUAACAUUUCUUGAACAAUCAGACAAAAAUAAACAGGGUUCAUAGCUUUCAUCAUAAUAGUUAAAAUUCAAUGUAAAAGAAUCAUUUGAAUACAAACAAUUAGUUUUAGAAUUGGAUAGUAAAUGUGUUACAAUUACAGAAAAAGAGAAUUAAAUUGAAACGUUAAAGAUUAAAAACUAAAUGGUUUAAUAGUAAUUGGCUUAAAUGUAAACAUGCUAGGUUACUAAUAAAGAUCAUCAAGAAGCUUUGAGAUAAAAGGAAACAGAAAAUGAUGAUUUGAGAUCUUAAUUGAUUAGUAAAGAUGAGGAAAUCGAAAGAUUAAAUUAACAAUUAAAAUUUGUAAGGAAAGAGAAAGCUAAAUUAUCCAUAAAUUUAAUGAAUGCUGGAAUGGCUAAUCUUGUGAUGUUAUCUUAAAGCCAAUUUUAAUAGGAUGAGAUUACUGCUUGA